CAGGCGGCAGUCUGUACUAGCUGAAUGCUGAGCGACCGUAGAUUGUAGGAGCUGAAUGGUUUGCUAGAGACUUGUGGAGUUGCCUGUCCAGCGGUUUAAUGGUAAUCAACAGCAGCCAAAAGUAUAAAAUCCAGCACUGAAAGGUCAAACAUUACGUUUUCAAAUAUGAGGCCGCCGGUGGAAGUCUCCGUGUUUCUCCUUUCUCUCUUGGCUCCUGGAGUUUUGUACACCAUGAACAACAUCCCUGCGCUUCAGGAACCUCUUCCUAUCCUGGGGAUGGGAAUGGUCGUCCUGGGAUCAGUUCUUCUUCUCCUUCUCCUCACUGUGCGACACAAGAUGAAAGUGGACCCUUUAUUCUAUGUGUUUGCAGAGUUUUCCUUCACCAGCAUGGUGGGCCUGACUAAUGCUUUAGAGCAGGAUGGGUUCAUCUCUGGCUUCAUGGGCUUCUAUCUAAAGAUGGGUGAGCCUCAUCUGAGCACCGCUUACGCUGUGAUGAUGUCCUACUGGGAAGGCGUCGUUCACUUUGUCCUCUUCCUCACUAUCAUCCACCGCAUGUUCAAAGGGAAGUCCUAUCGAAGCCUGAGCCUGCUGUGGGCGGGCUCCUCCAUCGCCCAUCAAAUUGUUCUCAUCCCAGGAGUGGUCAUUGGUAAAUAUGGGUUGAACAUUCGACCAGCCUUUUGGAGGAACGUCCCGUUCUUUUUGGUACCUUUCUGGGCGGCGUCCCUGCUCUUUAGCAGACCCAGAGAGCUGCCAGUUGUCACGGCUGACAAGAUCGCGGCGGAGCAGAAUAAAGGUCUGCUGUCCCGGCCAGUCGACCUGCUUCUGUCACUUGUGUUAGUGGGAGCCAUGGCCUUCUCUGUUUUCAGAGGCUUUGUGGUGCUGGACUGUCCUCUGGACACCUGUUUCACCUACAUCUAUCAGUAUGAGCCCUACCUCAAAGACCCGGUUGGCUUCCCGAGGGUUAUGAUGCUGGUGUAUUUGUUUUACGCUCUGCCCCUGCUGACUGUCCUCAUCUAUGGUCUGAAAACACCCGGGUGCAGCUGGAUGUUAGACUUGACCAUCUUCUUUGCUGGAGCCAUGGCUCAGGCCCAGUGGUGCCAUAUCGGUGCAUCUCUGCACUCCCGCACUCCCUUCACAUACCGAAUCCCAGCAGACAAAUGGUGGCCUGUUAUCACCCUCAAUGUGGUACUCACUGCUGCGCCAGCUCUGCUGGCCCUGCGCUGCCACACCAGCCCUGCUUAUUUUAUGAAACCUGUUCCCAAGGGACAGUCCAACAAAGAGAAGAAGAAAAACUAAACCACACACCAGCCACAGACUGUAGAGGAAUACUUCACUCUGUGACAAGGCUUAUGUUUUCUGGGGUAUCUCUUUUGUGCACCAACUGCUUUACACACAAUUUUUCAACUUUAAAACCCAGAGGAAAUCUAAAAACACAGCUCUCUGAGUCAAAAGUUCGAAAUCAGUCACCUUGUGCAGCACUCCCUGCAUGGACUAUUGGACCCUGAUAAGAAGGCUGAUGAUGGACUUGAGGGCUGUGAUCAUCUUGCACAGCAUUCAGGUGACUCAUCCAGAUACGCGGUUGGUAUCUUCCCAAACUAAGACUAAUAACCUUAAUGUACAUGUCGGCAACACACUGCUGGCGAGUGAAAGUCAUUCUUAUACAAUCUAUAACAAUCUACACCAAAACUCCACAGCUCUACAGAUUAAAGAUUGUUUUUACUGGUUCUAAAAUUGACAGGGUCAGUGAAAAAUAUCACGGCUUUCAUCCUUUUAAAAACUGAAUAUGGUAACUGUUCAUAAAAUUCAGUAACGCUUGAAAGCCUGAAUAACUUAAGAGUUUGUGAUAAAGAAGAUAAUAGCAGAUGUUACUCAAGAAAAUAUGCUGAAGGAAAAAGUCCACCUGGUGACAGAUACUUUGCAACGUCUUUGGUGUUUCUACAUGUUGUCACUAGAGGUGCCACAAUCAAUUACUUGAUUCAUCUGAUUGAUUCAUUCAUUGUUUGGUCUAUAAAAAUGUCAGUAAAUAAUAAUUAAAAAAUGUCCAUCGCAAUUUCCUAGAGCCCAAGGUGACCCAUUCAAAUUGUUUU